GGAAACUGGCAUUUUCUCGUGAAGAAGAAGCGCCAGGAGCGUUUGCUCUCUGCCCCUCACAACAAUUCACCUUCCUCCACCGCCUCCCAACCCCCUCUCCCUCUCCCUCUCCUCUCUCUUUCUCUCUCUAAAAACCCCUCAAAUACUCUCUCUCUCUCUCUCUCUCUCUCUAUAAAAACUCACACUUCCCGUCUCACCAACCGACUAGAAACGAAGCUUACUCUGUUUUUUUCGAGAAUCCUCUACUUUCACUGUUUUUUCGAAAGAGUUUUUAGAAAUUGUUCUAGAGAGAAUCGAUAAAAAGAAUCAAUGGCGUCGGAACCAAGUAGAACACCGAAGCUGUCUUUGUUCUCGCUUCCUUCCCAGCCGCCGGAGCCGCAGGGGAUGUUAACACCGCCGCUCCAAACCACCGCCUCGGUUCCAUUCAAGUGGGAGGAAGCUCCAGGAAAGCCGAGGGACUGCGGCGGCAGCGCAGAAUCCAAACCCAAGUGCGCGAGAUCCUUGGAGUUGCCUCCGAGGUUGCAGAGCGAGGCGGCCAAAAUUACCAACACGACCUCCCCGACCACCGUGUUGGACGGGCCUGACGACGAGCGGACUAUGUCGUUUUCGUUCAGAGAUAGGAGCCCUGGUGCUCUUGGGAGUAAGAGGUUGAGCAAGGAGAGUUGUAGGAGCGUCGGCGGCGGCGGUGGCGGUGGCGGUUUUGGGUCUAUGAGGUGGGCAAGUUUCAGGAAGAACAAGGAGGUUGUUGACCACGGCGGCUUUGACUUUUUGCCUCCGGCUAGUGGCGGCGGUGAAACGAAGGUGAAGAUCACAAGAGUUAGGAGGACAGCUAGCUUCUUGAAUUCUUCCAACACAAGGUCACGUAUGUGGGUAAGUACGAGGCAAGCAUUUGCGAAAGCUUUAAGCAGGUGGUCCCCGUUCCAUGGAGACGCAAGCAAGAAAAACUGAGAAAUAUGACCUCCUAAAGUCUUCCAACCGUUGGAUCAACCCCAUCUGACGCUCCAUUUCCAACUUGUUGAAGAAUAUGUGUAAAUAUAUCAGAAAAUUAAAAAUAGUUUAAUUAGUCUAAAAUUCAUGAGCUUCACUUUUAUAAGGAAAUCCCUUUCCACCAAAUUCACGGGAUCCGGACUGUUGAAAUUUGAUCUAAUGGCUACAGUUAUUAUAACUUUUAAAGAGACUUUCUGUUUG